UUUCCUUAGUCUCUCACUCUCUCUCUCUCCUUCUUUUGUACCCUUUCAUAUACAAAAGUAUGUCUGGAGGACAAGAUGGUCAAACUCCUUUAAAAAUCGCUUUUAUACAUCCUGACUUGGGCAUUGGUGGGGCAGAACGUCUAGUAGUAGAUGCUGCUAUGGCUGCUCAAUCGAAAGGUCAUCAAGUCAUUAUAUAUACCAGUCACCACGAUCGUUCUCACUGUUUUGAAGAAACAAGAGAUGGUACACUUUCUGUUCAAGUCAUUGGUGAUAGUCUUCCACGACAUAUAUUUGGAAAAUUCUUUAUUGUUUGUGCUAUUCUUCGUCAACUGGCUCUGUCUUUAUGGUUACUACAGUAUCAUCGUGAUACUUAUGAUGUACUCUUUAUUGAUCAACUUAGUGCCUGUAUUCCAUUACUUAAAUGGUUCUCAUCCUCUCGUGUAUUAUUUUAUUGUCAUUUUCCGGAUAAACUUUUGGCGAAACGUGAUUCUCAGUUACGGGAAAUCUAUCGUUAUGUGUUUGACAAAUUGGAAGAAUUGACCACAGGUUUAUCAGAUACGAUCGUUGUCAAUAGUGGAUUUACUGGUGGUAUGUUUAAACGGUCAUUUCCAACCAUCUUGAAAAAACCACGUGUAUUGUAUCCACCUAUCAAUUUUGAUGCUUAUGAUAGAACCACCGACUACUCUGAUCCACAAGUACAACUACUCGAAUCUCAUAGAAAGACGUUGUUAUCCAUUAAUCGAUUUGAACGUAAAAAGAAUGUGGAACUGGCAUUACGUGCAUUUGCUGAAUUGAAGAAUUCCAAUAUGAUUCCGGACUCUGUGUUUAAUAAUUAUCGAUUGGUAUUAGCUGGUGGCUAUGAUAAAAGAGUACAAGAAAACGUGGAUUACUUGAACGAAUUAGAUAUAUUGGCGACUGAAACAUUCCAAUUAAAGACAGCAAGGAUUUUUCCAGAUACCAUGACGGCACCAUCAACGGAUGCACAAGUGAUUUUUGUAUGCUCAUUCAACGAUGCACAACGUACAUACCUCUUGGCCAAUUCUGAACUUUUAUUGUACACCCCAACCAAUGAACACUUUGGCAUCACUCCAGUGGAAGGAAUGUAUGCGUCCAUCCCGGUGAUUGCGACAAAUACAGGUGGACCUUUGGAAACGAUCAAAGAUAAGGAAACUGGACUAUUAUUACCACCUGAACCAAAACUAUGGGCGGAUGGCAUCGGCGGAUUUAUUUCCAAGGAAUUUGAUGGACCUGCUAUGGGACGGAAUGGUCGUAGUCAUGUUAAGGCCAAGUUCUCAUUAUCCAAUUUUGCCAAUCAGCUGGAAGAUAUCUUGGAAGAAAUGAUGUCUGGUGGAAGACCUACAAGAUACUAUUAUAUGAAUGUGGAAUUUGGAUGUAGAAUAAUUAUAGCUUUGGUCAUGAUAUAUAUUUGGUAUCAUUAUUGUUUAUGAAUAUAUUGAAUCAAUAAUAAAAUAUAAAAAAUAUAUAUAUAUAUUGUGA